AUGCGCAUCUACACGCGCGCGCACGAGAGGCCCGGCAAGGCGGAGUCGCCCAUCGAGGAGAGCUCCUCCGGCAGCCGUCCGCUCGCGGCAGAGUCAUCUGCCUCCGCGACGGCGAACGCGAUCGUGCGGCCGAUGGCCUCGGUCGUGAUGCGCCCGUCGGCCCCGCCGGCCGCCGAGCUGGAGCUGGACGACCAGCCGUACCCGUCCUGCGCUGCGGGCGCGACACAGCACGGGCGCGACGAUCUACCGCAGGCAAGCCCGCAAGCCUCGCCUGGCCUCAGCCACCGCGCGCCGACGCGAAAAGUGCCGACGCCGCGCGCGUUGCACCCAACCUCGACGGCGCAGUCAAAGGCAUCCCUCAUUACCAUGGAAGCAGGCGGCGUGUCCGUCCUCCUCGGGGUCCUCAAGACCAAGAAGACCGUAAGUGCGCCGCCCCUUCCCCUCGACCGCUCCCGGAGCAGCACCGCACUCGCGGCGUACCUCGCCGAGCCCGACCACAUCCACCCCUCCCUCGGCCCGCUCUCGGUGACGAAGGGCAGCGAUUUCGUCGGCGUGUGGCGGUGCACCCGCCCUCGGGGCGGGGGCGCCUGCGAGUGCGUGUGGCUCGCUGGGAUCGCGCAUCGGAUGCGGGGCAGGUGCCCCUGCCCCGACUGCGCGGCGGCGGCGGCGGCGGUAGUGCGGUCCUCGGCCCUCGCGGCGCACGGCUCCGUCCUCCUCGGCGUGCUUCGCGUCUCGAGGGGGGAAGCCGCGCCGCCCCUUCCCCUCGACCUCUCCCGCAGCAGCUCCGCACUCGCGGCGUACCUCGCCGAGCCUGACCACAUCCACCCAUCCCUCGGCCCGCUCUCGGUGACGGAGGGCAGCGGCUGCGUCGGCGUGUGGCGGUGCACGGCGCGGCGGGGCGGGCGCGCCUGCGAGUGCGUGUGGACCGCUGUGAUCAAGCAUCGGAUGUGCGGCAACUGCGGCUGCCCCGACUGCGCGGCGGCGGCGGCGGCGGUAGUGCGGUCCUCGGCCCUCGCGGCGCACGGCUCCGUCCUCCUCGGCGUGCUUCGCGUCUCGAGCGGGGAAGCCGUGCCGCCCCUCCCCGCCGACCUCUCCCGCAGCAGCUCCGCACUCGCGGCGUACCUCGCCGAGCCUGACCACAUCCACCCAUCCCUCGGCCCGCUCUCGGUGACGGAGGGCAGCGGCUUCGUCGGCGUGUGGCGGUGCACGGCGCGGCGGGGCGGGCGCGCCUGCGAGUGCGUGUGGACCGCUGUGAUCGUGCAUCGGAUGCGGGGCAGGUGCCCCUGCCCCGACUGCGCGGCGGCGGCGGCGGUAGUGCGGUCCUCGGCCCUCGCGGCGCACGGCUCCGUCCUCCUCGGCGUGCUUCGCGUCUCGAGGGGGGAAGCCGCGCCGCCCCUCCCCGCCGACCUCUCCCGCAGCAGCUCCGCACUCGCGGCGUACCUCGCCGAGCCUGACCACAUCCACCCCUCCCUCGGCCCGCUCUCGGUGACGGAGGGCAGCGAUUUCGCCGGCGUGUGGCGGUGCACGGCGUGGCGGGGCGGGCGCGCCUGCGAGUGCGUGUGGACCGCUGUGAUCGUGCGUCGGAUGUGCGGCAACUGCGGCUGCCCCGACUGCGCGGCGGCGGCGGCGGCGGCAGCGGCGGCGGAGGCAGAUGCAGCGGCGGAUGCUGAAGCCAAGCAGGCUCGACAGGAUCGGCGCGCCGCCGACCGCGCGUGGGUCGAGGGCGCCGCCGCGCGAGCGGCCACCGCCCGCGAGGAGGAGGCGCGGCUCUCGGAGGAGAUGCUGCAGCGGCAUCUCGCCCAGGGCAUCACCGCGAUGCAGAUGGGCGAGGUGCAGCUCUGGCGCGAGGUGGAGGUGGAGGGGGGGCGGCGCACCUCGACGCACGGCGGGAUCGGCCUCGGGCUGGCCCACUUCCACGACCCAUCCGAUGGGAGUGUCGUGCCCCCCAGCGAGAUCGCUCUGUUUGGCCUCGCCAUCGAGGGGGCCUUUGACGUCGGGCGUCUCGGCGGCUGCGACGUCCACCUCAAGGCCGGCAACCGCCGGGCCGUGGCCUGCAGCCCGCAGGGUCCCCGGCCCUUCUCGGAGAGCGCGCGGCGGGACCUGCCAGCCACCCUCGAGUACAUCGAGCAGGUGUGCACGCGGGCGCGCGUGCCCGCGCGGGCGGUGCGCGCGGUCCUGGCUGCCACCCGCGCGCUCGCCGAGGUCGACCGCGCCGCGGAGCUGGUGUUUCUCUCCUCGGGCGAGGCGCGGGACGCGGUGCGGCCAACAAGCGCCUCCCACCACGACGCGCGGGGCGAUCAGAAGUGGUACGGGCCGGGGAACUCCCCCCACUUCAACAAGUUUCAAGGGGCAAAGGCUGGCCACCGCCUCGUCCGCCUCAUCAUCUCCCUCUCCCCGAACCUCCGCAUGGUCAACACGAUGCUGCAGCAGGUCGACGAGAAGGGCGAGAUCCUCCCCCACCAGCCCACGUGGCAGGCGCGGCUCUCCGCCUGCGGCGUCGACCUCGGCGAGCGGAGCGAGGAGGCGGAGCGAGGAAUGGCGGGCUACGCCGACUUCUACCUCUGCGCGCCGGGCGCGGGCGAUCGGAUCCGGAACGGUUCCAGCACCCACGCCAACGAGAUGGUCUGGCGGGCGUGGCGUGGCGCGUGCUCCGUCGUCGCCCUCUCCCCCGACGGCGCGAGCAGCGGCUGCGAGCAUGGCGGCUCGUCGCAGGUGCCAAUGACGGCGGUGGAGCAGCACGAGCGCGGCGAGAUUCUCCGCGUCGAGCGCGGCUCGGGCUCGGUUGUGGCAAUGACAACGGGGUCGGCCGCCGAGCACGGCGUGCCGCGCUCGCCGAAGCGGGCGCUGCUCGUGCGGCUGCUGCUGCUGGAGGCGCUGGGCCGCGCCACCCUCGUCCCCGCGGCCGGCCCGAGCGCGGUGGAGGAGGGUGUAGACAGGAUCUGGAUCCUGGUGGCGCUUGCCAACGAGUACAAGUGGCUGCCCGUGUCGUUUUGCCCGGUGAGCAUGAUUCUCGCCUUGCUGGCGUGAUAGAAUCGUUUCACAGCGGCUCGACUCGUUUUUGCCCCCGUUGCAGUAAAUAAAUUUGUUUUGCAA